CUCGCUUCCUCAACUUGAUUGCUUGUACCUCUAGACCAUGGCUCGCGUUGUGGCUUCAGCUGGCGCGCGCGCGCUCUCGACGCAGUCGGGCCUCGCUGCUCCCCGGGUUGCGUUGGUGCUCUCAGGCUCGGGCGUCUACGAUGGCACUGAGGUCCACGAGGCUUCAGCCGCCAUGGGCGCACUGUCUCGUCAGGGUGCCGACUACAAGAUUUUUGCGCCAGACAAGCAGCAGCACCACGUUGUCAACCACAUGACGGGCGAGGAGAUGGACGAAUCCCGCAACGUCCUCGUCGAAGCCGCUCGCAUUGCUCGUGGGAACAUUCAGGCUCUCGACAAGCUGCAGGUUGCAGACUUUGACGCCGUGGUUGUGCCCGGAGGGUUUGGAGCUGCCAAAAACCUCUCCAACUUUGCCGUGGAGGGCGCCGCGUGCACGGUUGAUGCGACGCUGACCGAUAUCUUGAAGAAGUUUCAUGCUGAGCAGAAGCCCAUGGGCUUUUGCUGCAUCGCUCCCGUGAUUGCGGCCAAUCUUUUCAAGGGAGAGGUGACCAUGGGCAGUGACACCGAGUCAGACAAGUGGCCCUUUGCAGGCGCUGCUGGCGCGUGCAAGGAGAUGGGCGCCGACUACGUGGUCGGUGACGAGAGCAAGGUGCACGUUGACCAAGCCAACCGCAUCGUCACCGCGCCUGCUUUUAUGGCCAACACUGCCGUCCACCUCGUGCAAGACAAUGUUACUAACAUGGUCCAAACAGUGUUGGAGCUCGUGGGUCGCAAGUAA